UAGCACGUGGUUCGCAGCCGGCUGCUCCUGCAGUUGAUUCACGUUUUCCCACACAGAUGAAUUGUAAGAUGGCGGCGCGGUGGGGCACAGGCGAGGAGAUGUUAAAAGCAUGUAAUACUCAAAUGUUCUCACCGGUGAAUCUUGACGAGGUAGAGAUCCUUCAGGGAAGCUUCUCUGGUAGCUGUCUGGAGUAUCCUGACAACGGAGAUGCUCUGGAGGUUUUACAUGGCUGCUUGGAUCCCUCUAUUCUGUCCAUUUUUGAGGACAACCCCACUGGAGAAGUUAAAUGUAAUCUUGAUGAGGAAAGUGAAGCGACACUGCUCACAGCUCUCACUGAAAUACUUGACAAUGUUGAUGAUGAGAACUUGUCCCCUUUUGACACUCUGCCGGAUUCAGACCUGUUCUCGGGGCAGAAGGGUCAGGAACACUCUCCGCUGAGAAAGUUGCUUACACGGUCUCCUCCAGAGUCAUUGAUUCAUGCAAGACAAUUUCCUGGAAAGAGUCUCCCACGAAUGCAGAGAGUAUCUCAGCAGAACAGUGAGGGAGAAGAGGAGGAAGAUAGAGAUGCUAGUUUUUCAACAAUAGCCAAUAUUGAUUUGUCGUCACUGGAAGAAUUUGAUUGGUGCCUUCCUGUGUCCUUGGAGCAGGAUGGAGAGAGCAUGCCUGUCACUCUCAGCGAUUUAGUAAAACACAUGCACCCUUACUGUAUGACAUUAUGUGUGGAAGGAGAAGAGGGACAAGAGCAUCUCCUGCCUGAGAGGGGCCUCGUGCUAGAAGUGGUUGAUCAAGGAGAGCAUGGAGAGCCCAUCCUGGCAAUCCCAGAUCUCAGCAUCCCUUUUGCUCACACAGACUCUGCAGAAGGAGAGCAAAGAGUCCCGGAGAAAAGCAUAAACAAGCCGGAACCAAACCCUGAGGAUGGUGAUGAAAAAUUCCCACCACCUUCUGAAGUAUCUCUGGUGGAAGAGGAGAAAAAGGUUGUCAAAAAGAAACGUAAACCUGUUAAAGCUGAUCUGGUUGAACAGAGAGUUUUGAGAAGCUCAAGAGUUAAAGAGGAGCCCCAGAAGAAACGGCAAGAAGAACAACAAAAGAAAAAGGUGACUUUUUCACCUGCUCUCUUAUCGGCAAAGCCUGAGAGACCUAAAAUUGAGUUGAUGACCCCUGAGCCACGGGUUGAGAAGCACAUCACGGCCCCUCAAGCUGAAGCAAAAAUCACUGACUCGCAGCCAGAGAACAAACCUCUUGAAAAGUCUGUAGAGGAAGAACCACCAUCAAAACAAGAGCCUGUUAGCGAGCAGCCUGCUGUUUGCCAGCGUAAUGAAACUAAGCCCAAACCUCUCAGUUUACAGCAGUACCGUCUCCUCCGCCAGCAGAAGAAACCAGACCCGGUGGACAAAACGGAGGAUUACAGCACUAAAUGGCCCAAGUUGCCUGAAGCGCCCAAGGAGCUUCCCCCAAUACCCUGCCUGCCAGACCCAAACCCCAGAGACCCACGUAAAACCUUCCAUACUCCUGCUAAAAAAGACCUUGCAUCUGAAAUCAUGCCCGCAUGGCACCCGAGAGGUCCCGCUGCUCCCCCGACACCUGAAGCCUUGCUCAUCCCUCCGGCUUCACUGAUGGGUUCCUCUAAGAAACCUGCAACUUCUAAAGCAUCAACCCCUCCACCUUCAGGCACAUCAUCUGAAAGUUUACCCCAUUCGGUCCACUCAUCACCCAAGAAUCUACCUGCUCCCGUCGGCGUGCCAAAAAACACUAUUCAUACCGAGACCUCUACCCCGAUCAGACGUGUGGCUGAGGUGCCUCCUGAAAGGAUGGUUUCACCACCAGUGUCCACUACAUCCGGAGACUCUCACAGUCUCAAUGCACCCAGUAAGAAGGAAUGUUUACAUAGUAACGCCAGUGCUGCUCAUGUGUGUGAAAGUGUGCCAUCUAAAGUUUCCUCAAGGCCUCAGAUGAUCACUACACCGGUUCAGAGCUCAAACUCUAGCCCUCUUAAACCUAGUGCUGCUGUGCCUACAAAGAGAGAGCCCGAGCAGGUUGUGUUGGCCCCCGUGUCCGAUCAAGCCAAAAACACCCUGCCAACUAAUUCUAAAAAGCUGACCUCACGGUUACAGCCUCACGUUCCAGCAAUAGCUGCUCAGCCGUUUUUCUCAGCUCAAGUUCAGGCCAGAGUUGUUGAACUGGCAGAGCAGAUGAGGAUGGCUUCUUCUGAGAUCCCCAAACCGAAGAACACCACAGUUGAGCUGAUUGAGUCAUUCACAAAUGAAAUUGGUAUUGAAGCUGCUGAUCUUACAAGCCUCCUGGAGCAGUUUGAGGAGUCUCAGUCAAAAGAAGAGCCAAGGGUACCGGAGGUCUGUGGUAGAGCAGCUGCUGUAGGAAACUCCAGUUAUGAGCAGCAGGUGGAGGCUAAGGCCCUGGAGAAAACCCGCAACCAUGACCUGGGAAGCACAGCAGGCCUCACACCACCUGCCACACCCCCACACCAGAUGUGGAAACCUAUUGCACCAGUUUCACUACUAGGGAAAGCCAAGAAGUCAGAGGUCCUUAAGCUAACUCCUAACAAGGCCAUUCAGAUAGAAGCAAGACCACUACCUUCAAAUAAGCUGCGAAGCAAGCCUCAGACCCCUACUGCCACUGGACAGACUCAACCAUUCUCCCUUGACCAUGACUACUGCCUCCCUCCAAAAGAACCCAAUCAAAAUGAAGUUGGCAAUCGGUGGAAUGUCAAACAACAGUCUAGCAUUGUUAUCAAGACUGUUGAGCUGUCCUCCAUUAAGCCCGUGCAGAACACUGUCUCCAAGGCUUCAUCAGCUCCUUCACGUACAGAAGGAACCCAGAGGAAUCUCAGCUGUAGUCAAGCUUCUGCAGAUACGAAGUGCACGUUAAACAGCUCUGCCUUGGUGACUCCAGAUGCUUCUCCAAACAGGCCUGACUCUGAAAGCUCUUUACUGGAUGAAGCUAAAUGCAACCAGGAAAAAUCUCUGGACUACUCUGAGUGUUCGUCCAGACAGUACCAGCAGGACAGAGGUCGCACAAAACGAAGAUACAGAGCCCGAUCCUCAAGUAGCUCAGAAUCCAGCUCGGAGUUCUCCUCCAGAUCACGUUCACCACCUAGGAAAAGAUACAGGUCUCGUCACUCGAGCAGCAGAUCCAGUUCAUCAUCUCGGUCUCGUUCCCGAUCCAGCUCCAGGUCGUUUUCUCCACCUCGUCGGCGUCGAUAUUCCUAUUCAAGCUCACGCUCUGGAUCUUGGAGUCACAGCCGCUCUAGAUCCAGGUCCCGCUCUUCUGAUUCUCAUGGACAUCGGAGCUGGAAAAGUCAUAGAAGCCCUAAUCAGAGGUCGGCUUACUGCCACUCAGAAAAUUGUGAGGAUACCAAGAUGCGCAAAGAGAAAGCCAUUGAGGAGCGGAGAGUUGUUUAUGUUGGCCGAAUUCGUGGAAGCAUGACUCGUAAGGAGCUGAAAGAACGCUUCUCAUUCUUCGGAAAGAUUGAGGAGUGCACUGUGCACUUUAGAGAAAAUGGAGAUAACUACGGCUUCGUUACAUACUACAACACAAAGGAUGCGUUUAAUGCUAUUGAGAACGGAAGCAAGCUGAGGGAGCAGAAUGAGCUUCCAUUUGACCUGUGCUUUGGAGGCAGGAGGCAGUUUUGCAAAACCAGUUAUGCUGAUCUUGAUUCAAACCGGGAGUAUGAUCCAAAGCCUACAAAGGGCAAAUUUGAUGCACUAGACUUUGACACUUUACUCAAGCAGGCUCAGAGGAACCUGAAAAGGUAACGAUUAGUCAAGCCACCGAUGAGAAGACCUAUUACCUCGGAGCAAAAUGCUGCCCUACACUUCCAGUGUUGCCUCUCAAUUACUGUUUUUGGUUUGUUUGUUUUUGUUUUUCUAUUUGUGUUUUUGUUUCUGCAAGUUUACACCUUCUAUUGAAGUGAAGAUUUGUAAGAAAAAUCGAAAGUGCAAAAAAAGAUCAUGAAAUAUAAUAAUGUGGAAUGGAAAAAAAGAAUUUUUUAAAAAAGAAUUAAAUUUAUUUAAAUGUUUAUUCUGACUGAGUGUUGGAUACAUUUUAAAAUGAAUUGAAUGGAAACAUUAUGUUGGGGAAAUAGGUUUAUAAUGCUGAAGGUAUUUCAACCUAAAUAAACCUAAGAUAAAAA